CACCACCGCUCGGCGACCACGGCGACCCCUUCGCGCAGCUGCCUGCAUCCUCUGGCUUACUCAUCUCACUGAUGCUUCAUCGCACCUGUCGCUCAUAGCGGAUCUGCCACGGUCGGAGUUUGAGGGAGCUGCUUUAGAGCAAGACACAGCAAGAUGGCGCCGCAAACGCCGGCUGUUGUCAUGGACAACGGUACAGGCUACACCAAACUCGGUUUCGCCGGUAACGACUCACCCUCCUUCGUCUUCCCAACCGCAAUAGCAACCAAAGGCCCUGCGGGCGGGGCCGGCGGGACAGGCUCCGGACGACCAGCUGUAGCGAGCAAACCCAAUUUCUUAACGGGCGCCGGCAGUGGUGGAGGUGGCAAUCUCUCAGCAAAGCGAGGCACAGAGGACUUGGACUUCUUCAUCGGCGACGAGGCGCUCGCUGCGGCAGCAGGACCUGGCUAUGGCUUACACUAUCCCAUACGGCACGGUCAGAUUGAGAAUUGGGAUCAGAUGGAGCGGUUCUGGUCGAACAGCAUCUUCAAGUACCUGCGCGUAGAGCCGGAGGAUCAUUACUUCUUACUCACCGAGCCACCGCUAAACCCGCCGGAGAACCGAGAGAAUACCGCCGAAAUCAUGUUCGAGUCUUUCAACUGCGCUGGACUGUACAUCGCGGUGCAAGCGGUAUUAGCAUUGGCAGCAUCAUGGACAUCAUCAAAGGUGCAAGACAGGAGUCUGACGGGAACGGUGAUAGACAGUGGUGAGGGCGUAACGCACGUCAUACCAGUCGCAGAGGGCUAUGUGAUUGGGAGCAGCAUCAAGAGCAUACCGAUCGCAGGUCGGGACAUCACAUAUUUCGUGCAAUCACUACUACGAGAUCGAGGCGAGCCGGAUAGCUCGCUGAAGACGGCGGAGCGGAUAAAGGAGGAGUUUUGCUACGUAUGCCCGGACAUCGUGAAAGAGUUUGCGCGCUUCGACCGCGAGCCGGAUGACAGGUUCAAGAAGUACGAGGUGCAGCAACCGGGUGGACGCAGCGUGGUGUUGGAUGUCGGGUACGAGCGGUUUCUAGCACCCGAGAUCUUCUUCAACCCGGAGAUAUACAGCUCGGAUUUCCUUACGCCGCUACCCACCAUCGUGGACACAGUCAUUCAGACCUCACCGAUCGAUGUGCGAAGAGGGCUGUACAAGAACAUUGUGUUAUCUGGAGGCUCAACGCUAUACAAAGAUUUUGGCAGACGGCUACAGCGCGACAUCCGACAUCUCGUUGACGCUCGCAUAAAAGCAUCAGAAGCCAGAGCGGGCAAUGCCGCGAAGUCGGGUGGGUUGGACGUCCAGGUCAUCACGCAUAGACGGCAAAGACACGGUCCGUGGUUCGGUGGCUCUCUGCUCGGUCAAACGCCAGAGUUUAGGAGUUAUUGCCAUACCAAGGCAGAGUACGAAGAGAUCGGACCAAGCAUUGUGCGAAGGUUUGCUCUGCUUGGCGGUCCGGGCAGUACAUGA